CGACGCCGACGACGCACUCGGUCGCCGUCGACAGACGUAUAUCACGCACACAUCGCCACCGCCGCCGAAGCCGAGCGAGACGACCCGCCGGCCGACACUCUUGUCCUGACUACGGAGAGCAUCAUCUUCGCCGCUGCCGGACCACCAAGGAACGACGAUUUCAGCCAUGGUCCGGCCACCGGUGACCACCAAGCUGCUCCUGGGCCUGUACUCUUUGUUCUACUCGUGCACGAUCGCGCUCGACGCGGUCGUAGACAGCGUUACGAUAACGGACCAGAGAGUGCCGAGUGCUGUGCUGAACGGUACCGAGUACGUCGUAUUGGACUGCGUGUACAAGGUGAAACCGGAAGAGGCCGAGGGGCUGGUGAUCACGUGGUAUUUCAACAAUAGCCCCAGUCCUGCGUACCAGUGGAUACAGGGACAACCACCACGGGCCAUCGGUCCGCUGAAAAACCACAUCCGGCUGGGCUUUGCUGCGCCCACCGACGACGCGUUGGCCAAGUACCGGGCUCUGUACAUCAUCCGGCCUACCACCGAGCUGACCGGCAACUACAAGUGCGUCGUGUCCACGUACAACGACGAGGACUUUAUGAUUAAGAAGAUGAUCGUUUACGCUCCUGGCCAACACAUGCACAUGAAACGCACCAAAGCCAACGACCAAGACAUGGUGAACAUAUCUUGUACAAUUUCCAGAGUAUUUCCUAUGCCCAAGAUGCAACUGUACAAGCUCGAAACAAAUGGAACGCAAAACAGAAACAGUUCUUUGCCUAUUGAGAUAUUGGAUUAUCAGAACGAUGGCGCAUUUGAUGUCACAGUAUCGACGUUGUUCUCCGAAUCCGAAUUACCAUCGCGAACAACAUUUUUUUGCGAACUCAUCAUACCUAGUACUCCAUACAGUAUCACAAAACGAUUCGUAUUUAAUCCUGGUAACACCGAAAGUUUGUCUGUUGAAAAUGCUGCAUGGUCAAGAAAAUGGUCACAGACGCUAAAAUUUACAACUAUCGUAUGGUUAUUUAUUGUCAUUUCACACUGAAGAAAUUCAUAAUCAUAUCAUUAUUGUUUAGUAUUCAUUGAUUCUCAUGAGAGUUGCAACGAUUUAUUACAGUCUCAUCUAAAUAAUUAUUACCCGGAAAUAUACAUUACUUAUAAAUAUAUAAGACAAAUGUAACGACGAUGUCGUUAAAUUAUGUAUGCGUAAUAUGACAAACUUCUUUAAUUAUUUACAGGUUAUACGUACAAAAAAUUCAAGUUUGUAUAUUUAGAUAAUAAACUCUUUUUUUUCUCUAAGAAUUUUAAGUUAUCAAAAUAAAUUCAAUGAAACCAAUACAUUUUAAGUUAACGCAGGAUCACUACAGUGCAAAUGAAACUUGAUUGAUAUUUUUUUUAUGUUCAUAUACAACAAGACGAUAAAAAAAUUAUAAAUUUAUAACAAUACAAUGAAAUUUUACUUUUAAACGCACAUUUUACA